GUUUAAUAUUCCUGAGAAGGAAUGGCAACUGUGCAUGGAGACUUUCCUGUGGCCAAAGAAGAUCGUUCCUAUCAUCAACAAGGCAUGGCAGAGGAACGGAGAAAUGCAUAUCAAGUUUGAAACAGCAUUAAGGCAGCGGCGAAAGGAACUGAUUGAGAGAGUUGACCGGCUUCAUGCUGAGUCCCGUGUUUUCGAAAAGUUCUCAGACAUCGAAGGCGACUCGAUGUUCGCCCACUCUCGUCAGAUACAGGAAAUGCAAGCGGAACUUGAACACAUGGCCCACAUUGCCCUUCAGAUUACUGAGGUCGAAGAUCUGUUUGGCCUUCCCCCGACCGACUUCAGAAAGUUCCAAGACCUUCGGGACUGGAUCAACCCAUUUAGCAUUCUCUGGACAACUGCGGUACAAUUCCGGGAAAAGAAGGCAGCUUGGGUCGCGGGAGAGUUGAAAGACCUGGAUCCAGCGGAGAUCGAGCUGGAGGUCACAACGAUGCACCACAGUAUAAUAAAGCUUUUGAAGUCGUUCGAGGAAAUGGGGCUGAAGAUUCCGCAGGAUGCAGCAGACACUCUGCAGAACCGGAUCCAGGGAUUUAUGAAAAACUUGCCGAUCCUUCAUUGCCUCUGCAACAAGGGUCUCCGUGAGAGACAUUGGAUUGCGAUGUCCAAGAUUGUGGGUUUCCAGAUGCACGGCGAUGUCAAGCAGUCGAUGAAGAUGUUGAAAAAGCAUGACAUCGGCAAGUACUUGCCAGCUUUGGAUGAAAUCAGCGAGACAGCCACGAAAGAGCAUACGUUGGAGCGCAUGCUGGAUUCUAUGGAGAACGAUUGGAAAGAUCUGAGAUUUGAACUUGUGCCCUGGGGUGAAACUGGCCACGCCAUCUUCAAGGGAGGACCCAUAGAUGAAGCCCAGACUCUGCUUGAUGAUCAUUUAGUGAAGACACGUGCAAUGGCGGCUUCACCAGCUGCGGAGGCAUUUGGCUCGAGGAUAUCAAGUUGGGAAGGACAGCUUAUCCAUGUACAGCAAGUGCUGGACAGUUGGCUUGCUUGCCAGGCGAAGUGGCUAGAUCUGGAGCCCAUCUUUGGUUCCGACGAUAUCCAACGCCAGAUGCCCAAGGAGUGGGACCGCUUUGCCAAGGUGGAUACCGUUUUCCGUAAGAUCAUGAGUGUUGCUGAGGCCAUGCCCAACAUAAAGGAGGUCAUAAUUACCAAGCGCAAUUUCCUGAUAUCAAAUCUAGCCUGGUGCAAUGAGGAGCUAGAAAUUAUCGAAAAGGGGUUAAACAGUUACUUGGAGGCCAAGCGGCUUGCUUUCCCAAGGUUUUAUUUCUUGGCCGAUAGCGAAUUGCUCGAGAUAAUCUCAGAGGCUCGCAAUCCCCUCCGCGUCCAGCCGUACAUCCAGAAAUGUUUCCACGGUAUCCGACAGCUGGAGUUCCAACCGAACCUGGACAUCACAGCGUUCGUCAGUUCCGAUGGGGAGCGCCUGCCCCUGGAUCCUUGUGGCGAGCCUCCGCUCAAUCCACAAACAGCGGCGGACAAGGGACACGUGGACCGGUGGCUGGCGCGAGUGGGGGAUGCCAUGGUUCUUAGCUUGAAGGUGAUUUUUACAAAAGCCAUCGGAUCGUACGGUAUUCGGCUCAGCCUCAGGGAAUGGCUCAGUUUGUGGCCGGAGCAGGUUGCACUCUGUGUUCGACUACUUUUCUGGACUGUGGAAGUGGAAGAGUGCAUACGCACCAGGGGCGAUGGGAGUGAGCAUGUGGCCGUGGCGGUGGGCAAGGAUAAUGAAUCGUCGGAGGAGAAUGGCGAGGAGGAGGAGGAGGAGGCGUGGCAAGAGGACGAGGAGGAGGAAGAGGAGGAGGACGAGGAGGAGAAGGAGCGGGGAUGGCAUAGCUUCUGCCAUCGGGCAGACGCAAGUCGCGCGGUUGAGCGCUGCCAGCAGGCAGAGCGAUGCCAGGUGGAGCCCUGCCAGCCAGGUGGAGCGCUGUCAGCGGGCGGCGCGAUGCCAGGUGGAGCACUGCCAGCAUGCGGUGUGCUGCCAGAUGGAGUGCUGCUAGCGGAAGGGGGGCUGUCAGGUGGAGUGCUGCUAGCGGGCCGUGCGCUUCCAGGUGGAGCGCUGCUAGCGGGCGGUGCGCUGCCAGGUGGAGUGCUGCUAGCGGGGGGUGCGCUGCCAGGUGGAAUGCUGCCAGUUGGAAUCGUGCUAGUGGGCGGGCCAGGUGGAGCGCUGCUAGCGAGUAUUGCUUGCCAGGUGGAGCAGCGCUCGUGCGCGGCUGCGGAGCCGUGUCUGCUGCGUGAAGGUGUUGUCAUACUGCGUGUGACAGGGCGGGUCAAAGUCGGAGCUUGUUCCCGAAAAACGAUACCAGAUUCUCUUCGGGUGACUGGGGCAAAAGGAGCCGGUGGAGGAGGGGGAGAAGGAGGAGGGGGAGGGGGAGGGGGGGAGGAGGGUGGUGUAGGAGACUGCGGGGGUCUAGGAUUAGGAGGGCGAGCAAGUGGUGGAGGAGGGGGUCUAGCAGGAGCUGCAGGUGCCGGGGCAGAAGGCAUAACACUACAUUCGACGUGGAGGCUGAGAAGUCGGAUGCUUGGACUGAACCUCUUGAUGAAGAGGAAUGUGAGGGGGGUAGAGGUUGAGAGUGAGAGUGAGAUUGCAGGGGUGGUAGAGCAAGAGGAGGUGGAGGGGGAGCCAGAGGCGUUGGCAGGACUGAAGAAGAAGCAGACGGUGGAGGCAAAGGAGGGAUGGAGGGUGCAUAUUGGGGAAGAGUGGCAAGAGGUUGCAAAAAAAACAGAUUCCGCUGUUGUCGUAACAAGCAAUGAUGCAGGAAAUUUUGCAACUGCUGCAGCCCCAAGAUCUGAACCAGUAGGUGCUGGUCCCAGCCACGCCGGUCCCUAUGUGGAUCGAAAGGCGGUGCAAAUACCGUCUAAGUAUGACGACAAAGAAGACGUUGAAUUCUGGAUCAGCUCCAUGAGGGCAUAUUUUGAGGUUCUGGGAACUCAACUUGAGACCCAGUCCGUGAUCAUGGGAAUGAAUGUCGAGCCUGUUAAAGGGGGCAAGCUCCACAUGUGUAUUGACUAUCGUGGUCUAAACCGCAUCACAAGAAAAAACGCCUAUCCAUUGCCUCGCAUAGAUGACUUGCUUGAUGCCGCAAGUGGGUGCAAGAUCUUUUCCAAGAUCGAUCUCAAGUGUGGCUACCACCAGAUUGAAGUCGAUCCUGCGGACCAGCACAAGAUUGCGUUCAAAACACGCGAUGGGCUUUACGAAUUUACCAUAAUGCCCUUCGGUCUCACGAACGCACCAGCCACCUUCCAAAGCUUCAUGGACAAGGUCCUCCGUGAACAGAUUGGUCGGUUCGUGGUGGUAUACCUCGAUGAUAUACUGAUCUUCAACAAAUCCAUGGAGGAACACCUCAAGCACCUCAAGGAAGUGCUCACUAUCCUCAAGAAGACGCAACUUCAUCUCAACCUAGAGAAAUCUGAGUUUGGGAAGGAUAGCGUCAUCUAUCUUGGGCAUAAGUUGUCUGCUGCCGGCCUAGAGCCUGAGGCAACCAAGGUUGAAGUCAUAUGCAAUUGGCCUCAGCCCGGGAACAUCCGUGAACUGCGCUCUUUUCUUGGUCUCGCGUCAUGCUAUCGGAAGUUUGUGCCCUGCUUCUCUAUUGUUGUUCGUCUGUUGUCCCGGUUAACAAGUAAGAAUGUUCCCUACUCUUGGGACACCGCAUGCAAGGACGCCUUUCAAGCUUUGGAAGAAGCUUUGGUAAGUUACCCAGUACUCCGCAUUGCAGAUCCCAAACUCACAUUCGUAGUUACUACGGAUGCAAGUCAGUAUGGAAUCGGCGCAGUGCUGCAGCAAGAUGGUGGCGAUGGCCUACGGCCGCUCGAAUUCUACAGCAAACGCAUGCCCAACGUAAAGGUAGCCACUUCCACCUACAUGCGCGAGCUCUAUGCUCUGCGUAUGACUUUGGACCAUUGGAAGCACUAUCUUUUGGGAUGCCACUUCAAAGUGUUCUCAGAUCAUGAGACUCUGAAGUGGAUCAAGGAGCAAACUACACUGUCCCCUAUGUUACUUCGCUGAUUCCGUGAAAUUAACAUUUUUGACUUUGAGUUGAGACACAAAAAAGGUUGUUAUAAUCGAGUUGUUGACGCAUUGUCUCGCCACCCU